UUUGAAGACGCCUGAAAUUCGUUGACUAUCCAAACUGCAACUAUUUAAAUAAUACAGCCACAUUUGAAAGUAUUAAUGAGUUGUGUUCGUAAGAUAUUCGAGUAACUAUCUGAAAGGACUUUCUUCAACAGUCAACAAAAACUCAAGAUGGAUGCAGUCUCAGGGAAAAAGGCACCCGAGGGAACAGGAUCGGUGUCUGACCACACAUUCUGCCAGACAUGUGCGAACGAUGGCAAGGACAUCCCUCCUGAUGCCUUCUGUACCGUCUGCAAGGAGUUCCUGUGUUCCAACCAGAGAGUGAGAAUAAGCAUUUUACGGAAACAUGUCAACGCCAUGCCGAAGAGUUCAUAAAAUACUUUUGUCCCAAUCACGAGACACUUCUGUGUGGAGACUGCUUGGCUGAGAAAGUACAUAGCUUAUGCACUAUUGAAAGGAUAUCUAAAGUGGCAAAGCGGUACAAGGAGGGCCCAGAAUACAACGGUCUGAAGGCAGGACUUGUCCAGGUGGUCAAUGACAUUGGCAACCUUUCAGGCAACAUACAAGUGAGCAUGAAAUAUAUUGAUGAAGAGAGCUUUACAAAUAUCAAUGAGCUUCGAAAGUUCAGGGAUGAAAUCAACCAAUACCUGGAUAAGAGGGAACAUAAGUUACUGGAAGAAAUUGAGCUGAAAAAACGGAAAUCAGAGAGCCUCUUAAGUGAACUGAAAUCAAAUUGCCAAGACAUAAUAGCUGCCACUGAGAAACUCAAGGCCAAGCUUAAAGCCCAGGAGGUCAACAACAACCAGCUGUUCAUAUCUGGAACAAGAGCGAUUAAGGAAUUAGUCGGUCUUCAGUCAGCCCUUAAAGACAUCAGAGGUAAAAAAAGUGUGUCAUACUUCAAGUUCACAAGGGACCCCACCACAGAACAGCUGCUGACCUCAUGCACAGCAAUUGGCAUAGUGGACCAGGUGGCAUCAGAUUUGGCAGACCAGGUGGCAUCAGAUUUGGCAGACCGGCAGAAACAAGACUAUUUUUAA